AUGUUUGUGUCAGUCAUUUACUCCAUUCAUCCUGUGGAUGAAUUAGAAGAGCUUGAGGACAAUAUCUGGCUAAAGUGCAUUUUGGAGGUGAUGAGCAUUCUGGAGGAUGUCCCAUUUCAGACCCCUGUGGGUCCAUUGGGGGUCGAAGUACAGCUCCCGACUGCUCCGGACAUACCCUAUGGAUUCAACCUGGAGAGGUGGAUCAUGACUGGGCAGCAGCCAGUCUGUCAGGCUCCAUCCUGCCCACCAUACUGGAUGAUGUUCAGCUGCCCUCAGGAGAAUCAGGUGAUCGAUCACAGGGGCGGUGAUCCGUGGGCCCCCAGGCCUCGUCCCCGCAGCUACAGUCUAAAUUCUGCAGAUACCCGCUGGUUACACCAUCGCACCGUUAAGUUUCUCAUAACUGACUCUGAUGAUGAAGAUGGUUACUGUGAAAAUAACGAGGGGUCUUUAGCUGAAGGUGCACGUCACUGUGUCAACAUCAGAGAGCGGCCCCGGAGUGCUGCACCUAAAGACCCACUGUCCAGAGUCAAAGACAUGCAUCUCGGUCCUUCCACUCAUCACUGUAAACCCGAUUCAUCUCAUAUCUUCAGAGGCCACAGAACCACUUCUUCUCUGCCAGACUGCAGACAACCUCUUCGUGCAGUGGAGCAGCACAGGUCACAGCUGGCCAGCCCCCACUCCCAGGGGCAGAAGAACACCAAGAAGAGGCAGCGUUCAUUGUGCUCUGUAGGUAGAAAGUACUCCCAAAACACACCCCCUGCUGGCCUUUCUUCAUCCAAGCUGCAGCAGCAACGACCCUCCUCUGCAGGACCUGUUGUCAAAAACCACAGGAAAAAGGUCCUGACGACAAGUGGCUGUCAUGGGGUUUUCUUUGACUCUGCAGCAGAGCUUCUGACAGCACUCAGCCAGGAGGAGAGGGAGUUACUUGAGACCAUCACUGAGAAAGGAUACCCACUCCGCACAGCUAUUCUGGCUCUACAGAAAACAGGUUAUAGGAGUCCAGAGAAGGUCUUAAAAUACCUGGUCGCAAGUGACCAUCUCUGUCAGCUGGGUUAUGAUGAAGCACAGGUCGAGGAAGCUUUGGAAAUGUUUCAGAACUGUGAGACAAAGGCUGCAGAGUUCCUGCGUCUGUUGACUCAGUUUAAUGAGAUGGGCUUCCAGCAAAGCACGAUCAAAGAAGUUCUGCUUGUUCAUGAAAAUCACCAUGAGCGGGCUCUCGAGGAACUCAUGACACGCAUGGCCUGA